AUGUUGGACGAAAAUCUACCAGCCUUCUUCUAUCGAAACUCGCCUGACGGAGUAGCACAUCAUAAAGGAAUCUUCUUCUCCGUUCGCGGAUCCGAUCCCAGCCCCGCGUACAGCCUGAGGCACGGCGACCCCGCCACCUCGCGCAAUUGCUAUGCUGCUGGUCUAUUCGACUGCUACAAUCCCGAAGUGCUAUACGGAGAAGUCUUGAUCAAACCGGAAUGGAGUCACCCCUCGUUGUCGCAGGAUGAGAUUCGAAGAAAUGGCGGUGUGCCGCCGCCGCCAGUGCCCAUUCUGCCUACUCAAUUCACUGUGCAGUUGUACAACCCUGACCUACAAGUGACAGUGACGCAGAAGCCCGGUAGCUGGGGCGGUAGUGCAUCGUAUGAGUUCAGUCUCCCUCAACUCGUCUUUCGCACACCGUCGGCUUCGACUUUGGACCGGACUCAAGAUGACCCUGGCGCGUCGUUGGUCACGCCCAAACUCAACUUUGUAUGGCGCAAAGAAAGCAAGCUCGCUAGGGACUUGACGGCCUACAUGACUGGCAAAUCGACUGACGAGGUUGUCAAGAAGAAGCACCGCGAUCCAGACAUCAUCGUUGGUCUGUUCCGCUCUCUACGCGAGUUGACCGUCUACGAACCCAAUUUGUACCGCGUCGAGUUGGAGGAUCCCAAGGGUCUUGAGCUGGUCAUGCUACUAUCUGCCGCCGUCAUCAAGGACCUCUACUUCUCCAACGACAUCAAUCAAGUCUUCAACGUCUUCGAUCCUGCUCGCCUCGCCUCCCUCCCAGCAACUGCCGCGCCUUCUCCUCCUCUAGCCGCUAAUGCCGAUCGACGCAAGUCUCUACCUCGCCUACGAACCAGCCCUCCUGCAACAGCCACGACUCGACGUCCUCCUCUAGCAGGCGUUGGCACUGCAUCCGCCCCAGAUCCUCGAACACAAUGGGAGUUGGAUGCUGAGACCGCUCGCUUGCGUGCCCAGGUUGAAGCUGAAGAACGCGAGAUGAAGAGACAGGAAGCCGCUCGUCGUCGUGAAAGAGAAAAGGCAGAUGAAGCAGAGACUCGGCGUUUACGUAAGAUGGUCGAGGAAGAAGAGCGUGAGGCCCGCCGUCGCCAAGAAGAGGUUGAUCGUGAGACAGAAAGACUACGGAAACAAUACCGUCUCAAGCCACCUUCACCGGUGAAUAACCAGCAACGGCACUCUGCGCCUUCGUUGCCAAUUCACCAGCAGCAACAAGCUGGACCUUCACGCCCUGUACCCGUGGCGCCUACCUUUGGGAGCAAUGGUAUGAUCAUGAGCGGAGGCAAUCCACAUGUACCUCCUGCCGCUGGACCGUCGAAGAUGAAAAAGAAGAGCUUCUGGGGACUGAGGAGCAACAGUGAUCAGAGCAAUGCCAGCAAUGGCAAAUUGAGCAGANAGGCUAGUGCCGUCUGGUGA